AUGACACUUCCAUUUCUGGGUGCCCAAGAAAAUAUACGUUGGGAAAUUCAACGUUAUGAUGGCUGGUACAACAACCUCAUGUAUCAUAAACACAACUCAGCAGGUUCACGGUUAUCACGUCUACUUCCUGCUAAUUAUGCAGAUGGGGUAUACCAGGCCCUGCAAGAACCUCAUGUACCCAAUGCCCGCAGGCUUAGCGAUGUGGUGGCCCAAGGGGAUUCGGACCUACCUUCUCAGAAAAAGAGAACGGUGCUUGGUGUCUUCUUUGGCUUCCAUGUGGUGGCAGAGAUUUCAGAAGCCAACAAUCCAGGCUGCCCAGCCGAAUUCCUCAACCUGCAGAUCCCUCCAGGAGACCCCGUCUUUGACCCCAACAACUCUCAAGAGGUUGUCCUGCCCUUCCAGCGGAUGAGUUGGGCUGCAGGAACAGGACGAAGUCCCAACAAUCCCCGGGAGAUGAUAAAUGGGGUGACUGGCUGGUUAGAUGGAAGCGCCAUCUACGGCUCCUCACAUGCCUGGAGCGAUUCUCUAAGGAGUUUCUCCCAAGGAAUGUUACUUUCUGGAAAGAAACCUGGCUUCCCAAAGCAAACGGAAGAGAACAGCUUAAUGUGGAAGGCUCUCGAUCCAGCUACAGGGAAGGGUGGAUCCCAAGGCAUCUUCGAUUUUGGAAAUGCCAGAGGAAAUGAAAACGUCUUCCUGCAAGCCAUGAGUAUCGUGUGGUUCCGCUAUCACAACUACUGGGCAGAGAAACUGGCCCAGGAGAACCCCGGCUGGUCGGAUGAGGAUUUAUUCCAACAUGCUCGCAAGAGAGUCAUUGCCAUUUACCAGAAUGUCGUGUUUUAUGAGUGGCUGCCCAUCUUUUUGGAGAAGACGAGCCUCAGACCUUACGAAGGUUACAAGCAGCAUGUGGAUUCUCGGAUCUCUCCGGAAUUCCUUGUGGCUUCUGCACUCUUCCUUGGCACUAAAGUCCCAUCUGGAGUCUAUAUGAGGAAUUCAGUUUGUAUUUUCCGAAACGUGACUGACAUAAAUGGACAGCCCUCUCCAGCCCUCCGCCUAUGCAACAACUACUGGAGCCGGCAGAAUCCUAACAUCCAGACAGCCGAAGAUGUAGAUGAUCUUCUUCUGGGAAUGAGUUCUCAGAUUACUAAGAAGGAAGACAACACCGUGGUCGAAGAUCUCCGAGAUUACUGGUACGGGACGGUGAAGUACUCUCGAAUGGAUUUUGUGGCGAGUUGGAUCCAGCGAGGAAGAGAUAUUGGACUAUCUACCUAUAAUAAAGCCAGAGAGUUCUUUGGACUUCCGCCCGCUAAGAAAUGGACAGAUAUUAAGCAGACGAACCAAACGAUCCUUAAAUUAACUGAAGAACUGUAUGGGAACAGCCUUGAUACCCUGGAGCUGCUCCUUGGAGGGAUACUGGAAGAGGACGAGACCCUUUUCCGAGCCAUCAUUGAGGACCAGUUUCUUCGCCUACGAGAUGGAGACCGAUUCUGGUUUGAAAACCCCAAGAAUGGACUAUUCACUUCUGAAGAGAUUGAGGCCAUGAAGAACACAACCCUCCAUGAUGUCCUUGCUGCUGUCAUGUACACAAAAGAAAUCCAAACAAACGUGUUCAUCUGGAAUAAGGAUGAUCCAUGCCCCCAGCCCAGGCAGGUGCGCUUGCAGAGCCUCCCUUCCUGCAAACAGAUGACCGUCAUAGAUUACUUCAAAGGAAGCGCUGCAGGUUUUGGCAUCCUCAUCGCUGCCCUGUGUUGCCUGCCUUUAGUGAGCCUCUUCAUUGCCUGGAUUGUUGCUUUUUUCCGGAGGAGAUCUUUCCGUAAGUUACAGAAGAGGCAAAAUCCCACCGCUCAUCCAGAUGUAUCUGCUGAGGGAACCCAAGCGCUUGAAUGGCAUGGCUUCAAGACAGAAAGUUCACUUGUCUACAUCCAACUGAAGGAAGACAAAGUGGUCAAAGUGCUUGAUGGUAAGCUGGCUGUGGUUCGCAGCAUAACUCUGAGAAGCCAGCAGAAAGUGGAGACCAUCAUGUCCAACAACAGAGGCAGCAGGACUAUACUUCUGAAGAUUCCUAAAGAGUAUGACCUGGUGUUGAUGUUUAAGGUAGAAGCAGAAUGCAGGGACUUCCUCGGACAUCUGAAAACCUAUUUGGAGAAAAAUGAACUGUCUCUCCAAGUGUCCAUGAUGAGUGAACAGCACCUGCUGAAAAAGGCAGUAACCAAAGAGCAGAGAAAAGAAAUCCUGGAAAUUUUUUUCCGGCAUUCAUUCGCUCAGCUUUUCAGCCAACACGAUGAACUUCAAGGAUCCCCCCAGGAGAAGUCCAGGCUGAUGUUUGACAUGUACGAUAUUGAUGGAAAUGGUUUCCUUUCAAAGGACGAAUUCUUUCGGAUGCUGAGAUCCUUCAUCGAGAUCUCUAACAACUGCCUCUCACGGGAUCAGACCGAGCAGGUUAUCGAAUCCUUGUUCAAAGAAUCAGGAUUCCAGGAUAAGGAAGAGCUCACCUGGGAGGAUUUUCACUACAUGUUGCGGGAUCAUGACAAUGCACUCCAGCGCACUCAACUGUGCAUUAAAGGUCAGCAGAAACCAAAAGAGAUAGCUCACACGAAGCCUUCCAGUUGGACAGAGGGGUCCUCUUCAAAAGCUGAUGAUCUGUUCUCUUAUAGUUUCCUCCUAACUCGAGAUAGUCCUCUGAUCCUGGGUUCAGACUGGCUACCUGGGGAAGGAUUAGGACAAGACGUACGGAAAAGACUGGGGAAAAAAUUGACCUUCCCAGAACCUCAUCUGUACACCGAGGCACGGAGGGAGCGGUACGAGAGAAACAAAGUCCACCAGAAGAUCCAGCAGUUCAAGAGGUUUAUUGAGAACUUCAGGCGCCACAUUAUCUGCGUGGUGAUAUUCUCAGCCAUCACUGCUGGCGUCUUUGUAGAAAGAGCAUAUUGUGAGUUACCAGCCUACUUAGCACCACCGAACCGGCUGCUCAGCUCAAGAGCUGGCGUGGCUAACUUGAUUCAGAACCCAGCAUCCUCAUGCCGUGAGGAAGCAGAGACACCCACCUUCAUGUACUCCUUCAUCUUACUCACCAUGUGCCGAAACCUCAUCACGUUCUUGCGAGAAACCUUCUUCAAUCGUUACAUCCCUUUUGACUCUGCCGUGGAUUUCCACCGAUGGAUCGCAACGGGAGCUUUGAUCUUCUCAGUUUUGCACACCUUGGGCCACGUUGUGAAUGUCUACAUCUUUUCGGUGACCCCUCUCAGCAUUCUGUCAUGCCUUUUUUCUCACGUAUUUACGAAUGACGGAUCACAAUUUCCUCCCAAAUACUACUGGUGGUUCUUUGAGACAGUACCAGGCAUGACCGGCGUGCUAUUACUGGUCAUCCUUGCGAUCAUGUAUGUAUUUGCCACUCAUUAUUUCCGACGAAUCAGCUUUCAAGGAUUCUGGAUCACCCAUCAUCUCUAUGUGGUUCUCUACAUUCUGGUGGUCAUUCAUGGUAGCUACGCUCUGAUCCAACAGCCUCGCUUUCAUAUUUACUUCAUUAUCCCAGCACUCAUCUAUGUAACAGAUAAACUCAUCAGCCUUAGCAGGAAGAAGGUGGAAAUCAAUGUCAUUAAGGCUGAGCUGCUCCCUUCAGGAGUCACCAAUCUGCAGUUCCAGAGACCCCAGGAUUUUGACUACAGGUCUGGACAAUGGGUACGGAUUGCAUGUUUGUCACUGGGGACCAACGAGUACCAUCCUUUCACUCUGACAUCUGCUCCUCAUGAAGACCAGCUCAGUCUGCACAUCCGAGCAGCUGGACCUUGGACAACUCGCCUGCGGGAACUCUACUCACAGGAAAGCAUAGAAGAGAUUGGCAAAUAUCCCAAGCUCUAUCUUGAUGGCCCAUUUGGAGAGGGUCAUCAGGAAUGGAACAAAUUUGAAGUGUCAGUCCUGGUGGGUGGUGGCAUCGGAGUGACCCCGUUUGCCUCCAUUCUUAAAGACCUUGUCUUCAAAUCUUCCGUUGGCUCCAGGAUCCUGUGCAAGAAGAUCUACUUCAUUUGGGUAACCCGUACACAACGGCAGUUUGAGUGGGUGGCCGACAUUAUCCGGGAAGUGGAGGAGAACGAUCAACGUGACUUGGUCUCCGUCCACAUCUACAUCACCCAGCUGGCUGAGAAGUUUGAUUUGCGCACCACCAUGCUAUACAUCUGUGAACGUCACUUCCAAAAGGUCCUCAACCGGAGCUUGUUCACAGGCCUGCGUUCCAUCACCCACUUUGGACGACCACCUUUCGUGCCCUUUUUCUGCUCCUUGCAAGAGGUUCAUCCUGAGGUCCGAAAAAUUGGUGUUUUCAGCUGUGGCCCACCUGGCAUGACCAAGAACGUGGAGAAAGCAUGUCAGAAAAUCAACAAGCGGGACCAAGCUCACUUUAUACAUCACUAUGAGAAUUUUUAGUUAUUCUCUUUCUAAGACUCUGUUGCUCUGUUGUGAGUAUAGAGUAUAGAGGACACCGUUGGCUGUGUUCUUUUC